CAGCCGGAAACGGGGAGGGGAAGGAGGAGGAGCCUGAAAGGGGACCCCAGGCGCCGCGCCCCAGUCGGCAAUGACCGAGGAGUUUGUGACCCUCGAGAACGUAGCCAUGGACUUCACCUUGGAGGACUGGGAGCAGCUGGGGCUGGACCCGGAGGACCUGUUCUGGGACACAGCACUGGACAACUACCAGAACCUCUUCCUGCUGAAUCCCCCCAGACCCAACCUGACUGCCCACCCUGGUGAUGGGGAAGAGCUGGAGGCCGUGGAAAGAGGAAGCCCGAAAGUGAUGGCCCCUGAUACAGCUGAGCCCAAGAACUCUCCUCUGAAGCAGGACUUCUUGGAAGAAGGACUAUCCCAAGAGAUAAUGGAGACCUUUUCAAAGGAUGGCCUCUGGUAUUCCAGUUUAGAAGAAGCUUGUAUUGGCGAGAGCUGGUUAGAUAAUUUGCUAGGAGAUCCUGAGAGUCUUCUGAAGUCUGACUUUGUCACCAACAAGGAAAGUCCCACAAAGUGCAAUAGCCCAGAGCUCAAGAGCGGCUUUAGUCCUAGGUCCUUCCUCUUCACAGGAGAGGAUUCCACAGUGUGUGAUCUUCCUGAAGAGAGCCUCACACCAUCGAAGCCUCAGGAAUUUCUGAAUGAAUUUGCCUGCUACUCUGACCAGAGCCAACAAGAUGAUACGAUGCAGGGUGCUGAGAAACCAUAUAAAUGUAGCGAAUGUGGGAAAACCUUCAGUCGGAGUUACCACCUUAUCCAGCACUGGAUCAUUCACACUAGAGAGAAACCCACCACCGUGGGUCAGGACUGUGAGAAAAGUUUCAACCAGAGUUCUUGCAUCCGUGUGCAUCAGGUGACUCGCUCGAGCUACAAAUACUAUAUGUGUAAUGUAUGUGGGGAAACUUUCAGUCAGAAUACACACCUCCUGUGGCAUCAGAAAAUUCACACUGGAGAAAACUUGUGCGAGAGUCAAGACCGUGACCAUGCCCGUAGUCAGCACGCACAGCCUGCUGAGCAUCAGAAAACUCGCCCGGCUGUUGUCAGACCCUACCAAUGUAGUGAGUGUGGCCACGCUUUCAGCCGAGCCUUCCAUCUUACUCGCCAUCAGCAGAUUCACACUAGGAAACAGUACAAAUGUGCCACGUGCAAAGAGACCUUCAAGUUGCGUAAGCAUCUCAUCCAACAUCAGAAGACUCACACUGCAAAAAUGACCUCCAAGUGUCAGGAAUGUGGGAAGGCAUUCAGGCGCAGUGCAUCACUCAUUGAGCACCAGGCUGUCCACACUGGCGAGAAGCCUUACAAGUGUAAUGAAUGUGGAAAACUCUUCAGCCACACCUCGACCCUAAAGAUCCAUCAGAGGGUCCAUAGUGGGGAGAAACCCUACAAAUGCAGCGAGUGUGGUCGAGCCUUCUGCCGUAACACUCACCUUAGUGAACACAAGAGAACUCAUACGGGCUGUAGGCCCCACCAAUGUCCUGAGUGUGUCAAGAGUUUCAGCCGGCCCUCCCACCUGAUUCGACAUCAGUUGACUCACACCACGGACAGACUCUACAGCUGUGCUGACUGCAAGGAGACCUUCAGCUGCAACGAACACCUUGUUCAGCAUCAGAAAAUCCAUACUAUAGAAACCCCCUACGUAUGUCAGGAGUGUGGAGAACGCUUCAUCUGUAGCUCAACCCUGAAUUGCCACCAGAGUGUUCACACCAGAGAAAAACAAGGAUUAGAUGAAAGAGGGAACAACUUAAGUCAGGACUCACAAACUCAAGAGCAUCCAAGGAUUGCUGAGAAGCUCUACAAGUGUAACAAGUGUGGGAAAGCCUUUAGCUGCCGCAAAUACUUAAAUCAGCAUCAGAGGGUUCACACCAGGCUGAAGCCCUUUGAGUGUGGCCAGUGUGGGAAAACCUUUAGUCAAAAUAAGCAGCUUCUUCGCCAUCAGAAAAGCCACUCGAGAGUGAAACCCUACAAAUGUCACGAAUGUGGGAAGAGUUUCAGCCGCAGUUCCUCCCUCACUGAGCAUCAGGCCACCCACACGAGUGAGCCCCCGUUUCAGUGUAAUGAGUGUGGAAAGACCUUCAGCCAGAGCACAUGUCUUUCAGAACAUCAGGUAGUUCACACUGGAGAGAAAGCCCUCAAAUGUAACAAGUGUGACAAAGUCUUCACCCGGAUAAACUACCUCAUUCAGCAUCAGAGAAUUCAUGCCAGAAGGAAGCCCUUUGAGUGCAACGAGUGCGGCAAAACUUUCCGCCAGAGUUCGUGCCUUUCCAGACACCACAGAGUUCACACAGGCGAGAAGCGCUUCAAAUGCACCGACUGUGGGAAAACCUUCACCCUGGGGACCCAGCUUAUCCGACACCAGAGAGUUCACACCGGAGAAAAGCCUUACGUUUGUAAGAAAUGUGGGAAAGCCUUCAACCAGACCUCAUGCCUUUCCGCUCACCAGAGGAUUCACACCGGAGAGAAGCCCUUUGUAUGUGCUGAAUGUGGGAAAGCCUUUGCCCAGAAAGCAAAUCUGACACAACACGUGAGAAUUCACACUGGCGAGAAGCCUUACACCUGUGGCGUGUGUGGCAAAACCUUUGGUGUCAGUGCCCAUCUUACUGAGCACCAGAGAAUUCACACACAAGAGAAACCUUACCAGUGUCCACAUUGUCAGAAAGUCUUUAGAUGCUACUCAAACUUCACCCGACACCAGCGACUUCAUACCCAAAGCAAGUAG